CACACGGGAACCACCCCCUUAUUGCACUGCACCCUCCUUACAAAUAUAAACACUAAAGGCAACACAAAACAGACAGUUUUGAGAAGAGACUUUAAAUAGACAGAAAGAAACAAAUUGUACUGAGAGAUGGAAAUCUCUAGUUCAUUGCUGUUGGUCAUAGUCUUGGCCGUUUUGAUGUUGGUGAUGUGGUGGAGGAAGACGAGCGGACUUUCUUUACCACCGGGGCCGAUGGCACUGCCACUGAUUGGUAACUUACAUUUGAUGGACAACAGUGCACCCUUCAAAAGCUUUACAAAGUGGAGUAAAACCUAUGGUCCUGUGAUGACGGUGUACCUCGGGCCACAGAGAACCGUGGUUCUGGUCGGUUAUGACACUGUGAAAGAGGCUCUAGUUGAUCAUGCAGAUGACUUUGCAGACAGAGCUCCCAUUCCUUUCCAAUACAAAGUUUUGAAUGGCUAUGGUCUGUUUAUUAGUAAUGGUGAACGUUGGCGUCAACUGAGGCGUUUCACUCUCACUACAUUGAGAGAUUUUGGGAUGGGGCGAAAAAGAAUGGAACAAUGGAUUCAAGAAGAGAGCAGACACUUUGUGAAGAGCUUUGAAGACACCAAAUCUGAACCAGUUGACCCAGCAUUCUUUGUGAGCCGGGCCGUGUCCAAUGUGAUUUGUUCCUUGGUGUUUGGACAGCGCUUUGAAUAUGAAGACAACAACCUACUGCACUUGCUCCAGAUUAUCUCCAGAGUUCUGCGCUUUGUUAGCAGCUCUAGGGGUCAGUUGUACAAUGUCUUUCCUCGACUAAUGGACCUCUUACCUGGCCGUCAUCAAGCCAUGUUUAAAGAGGUUGAAGACAUCAAAAACUUUGUUCUGGGUAAGAUCAGUGAGCAUGAACUCAACUUAGACGUCCAAGACCCCCAAGACUUUAUUGACUGCUUUCUUAUCAAACUUAAACAGGAGAAGGACAAUCUUGACACAGAAUUCCACAAAAAUAACUUGUGGACGACUGUUGCUAAUCUGUUUUUAGCCGGUACAGAGACCACCAGCACAACGCUUAGAUACGCACUAAUGCUGCUUAUUAAGCACCCACACAUACAGGAGGAAAUGCAGAAGGAGAUUGACAGAGUUAUCGGACAGAACAGAAUGCCUACAAUGGAAGACAGGAAGUCCCUCCCCUUCACCGAUGCUGUAAUUCAUGAAGUUCAACGGUAUCUGGACAUUGCUCCACUCAAUGUUCCCCAUUAUGCUACACAUGAUAUCACAUUCAGAGGUUAUGUGAUUCCAAAGGACACAGUGAUACUUCCCAUGUUGCACUCUGUUCUUAGGGAUGAGGGACAGUGGGAAACACCUUGGGAAUUUAACCCUGAGCACUUCCUGGAUGCCCAUGGCAACUUUAAAAAGAAUCCAGCAUUUUUGCCCUUUUCUGCAGGUAAACGUGUUUGUGUGGGAGAGUCUCUGGCUCGUAUGGAGCUAUUUCUGUUCAUCGUGUCUCUACUUCAGAAGUUCAGCUUUAGUAGUCCAGAAGGUCCAGAUGGCAUAGAUCCAAGUCCUGAAGUCAGCGGCUUCGGCAACAUGCCUCGAAACUAUAAGUUAACUGCCUCCCCACACAUGGAAAUCUUCAGUUCAUUGGUGUUGGUCUUAGUUUUAGUUGUGUUGAUAUUGGUUACAUGGCAGAAGGCGGCGAGUGGACUGUCUUUACCCCCAGGACCACAUGCUCUGCCGUUGAUUGGUAACUUACUGAUGAUAGACAAGCAUGCACCCUUCAAAAGCUUUAUGAAGUGGAGUAAAACCUAUGGUCCCGUGAUGACGGUGUACCUCGGGCCUCAGAGAUUCGUGGUUCUGGUCGGUUAUGACACUGUGAAAGAGGCUCUAGUGGAUCAUGCAGACGACUUUGCAGACAGAGCUCCUAUUCCUUUUCUAGAAAGAAUUGUGAAAGGAUAUGGUUUGGCCAUAAGUAAUGGAGAACGUUGGCGUCAGCUGAGGCGUUUCACUCUCACCACACUGAGAAAUUUUGGGAUGGGGCGCAAAAGAAUGGAACAGUGGACUCUACAGGAGAGCAGACACAUGUUGAAAAGUUUUGAAGAAUCCAAUUCUGCACCUGUCAACCCAGCUCCCUUUUUCAUUCGGACUGUGUCCAAUGUGAUCUGUUCUCUGGUGUUUGGGCAGCGCUUUGAAUAUGAAGAUAAAAUGUUCUUACAUUUGCUCCAGAUCAUCUCGAAUGUCCAGCGUUACGCCAGCAGUCCCAGUGCCCAGCUGUUCAACUUUUUCCCUUGGUUAAUGGAGCUCUUACCUGGCAGUCAGCAUACAUUGAUCCUUAAUGAGAUGGAUGAGAUAAGUGCUUUCAUCAUGAGUAAGAUCAAGGAGCAUGAGCAGGAUUUGGACUUUACUGAUCCAAAGGAUUUUAUUGACUGCUUCCUCAUCAAACUCACACAGGAGAAAGACGAUCCUGAUACAGAAUUUCACAAAAAUAACUUGAUUGGGACUGUUGUAAAUCUGUUCUUUGCUGGUACAGAGACCACCAGUACAACUAUCAACUACUCCCUUAUGAUUCUCAUCAAAUACCCACACAUACAAGAGCAAAUGCAGAAGGAGAUUGAUCGAGUUAUCGGACGGGACAGAAUCCCUACAAUGGAGGACAGGAAGUCCCUCCCCUUCACAGAUGCUGUGAUUCAUGAAGUUCAGCGAUAUCUAGACAUUGUUCCCCUCAACAUUCCCCAUUAUGCCACACAUGACAUCUCAUUCAGAGGUUAUUUGAUUCCCAAGGGCACAGUGAUAAUUCCCCUGUUGCACUCUGUCCUGAGGGAUGAGGGGCAGUGGGAAACACCUUGGACAUUUAACCCUGAACACUUCUUGGAUGCCAGUGGCAACUUUAAAAAGAAUCCAGCAUUUCUGCCCUUCUCUGCAGGUAAACGCGCAUGUGUGGGAGAGUCUCUGGCUCGUAUGGAGCUAUUUCUGUUCAUUGUGUCUCUACUUCAGAAGUUCAGCUUCAGCUGUCCGAAUGGUCCAGAUGAUAUAGACCUCACUCCUGAGCUCAGCAGCUUUGCCAUAUUGCUUCGACCCUAUCAGCUCAUUGCCUCCCCCCGCUGACUAACAUCAACAUCUCAUCAUGCCUCAUUUUACGAAUCUAUGGACAUAACUGUGGUCAUGUUCCCUCCAAACCAUUCACAUGUUAACUGAAUUUAUUUUAAUUACAUGUAGAAUAUAGUAGAGACGGGGUAUGGUUGUAACAUGGGAAGAGUUGUAAAACCACCAGUUCCACCAAUCAGGGAUUGGCCGUGUAAAAAAGUUCACCUUUUUCCAUUUCCUAAUAAAUGGUUAUCAAGGCUGGAAAUAGAA